GGGUCAGUAAAUGUAAUGUGGGAUUGUGGCAUUUAAUCUGUUCUUUUUUUCUUUUCUUUUUUGCAGGUAGUGAUAUGAUACAACUGCCAACAUAGUGCAGGGAGAGAUAAUGGCUGCUGUUGAUUCUUGCAUCAAACCAAAAAUUUUUGAUGAUGGUGAAGAUGAUGAUGGACCUGCAGUUUUCAAAAGGAAUAAGACGUCGUCUACGAGAACUCAGUUGAACCCAGAAUUAAAGAAGUCGUCAUCUCAAAGGCAUGAUGGAUCAUCAAUGAGGAGUGUCUCUGAUACUCCGAAUAGUCAAAACUCAGGUUUGCAAAAGGGCAAAGCUGUUUCAUCGGCAAAGGUGUCACCAGUUAAGUCAAAUGUAGCAAGUUUGAAUGCAUCAACUUCAAUAGCAAAUAAGUCAAGUUCUUCACUACAACAGAACACAGAAAUUAACAAGGAGAAGAAGCUUUUGAAUAAGCAUCAGAGUCAACCAAAUGGGGAUCCCGAUGAUUCUGAUGAUGACAAACCAUUGAGUGUUAGACUUGCUACUACUUCUGCCACAUUACCAAAGAGCCAAUCACCUAAUGUUUUGAAGGGGGUUAGUUCACUUGUUUGUAAGUCAUCACAGUUGGUAAAGGCAAAGGUAAGCAUUAAGAAAUCUGAUGAAGAUUUGGAAGAUGAUAUUCCUCUGUCAUCGAAGUUCCAGUUGAAGCCAAGUGGAGGGACAUCCAGCAAGUAUUCAUAUGACUCUGAUGAGGAUAAUAAACCAUUGUCUUCUAAGCUUCAGCAAAAUGGUUCUAGCAAGCGUGAUAAUGAGCCAUUAAAGUGCUUUAAAGGUUUGAAUAAGAGACCUUUGAGCGAAGCAAGUUCUUCAGGUCAGUCUUCAAUUAAAAAGCUGAAAACUUCAGCUAGUCCUGUUCCAGCCAAAAUUGGGCAAGUAACAGUGAAAGCAGAAGCGAGGACAGAUGAUGAUGAUGACAAUGUUCCUAUUGCCCAGAGAAUGAAGAAGGCAGCUCCUUUAAAUAAUAAAUCAAUAUCCAUAAAGAAAUCAACAAAGGUUGUUUCUGCUUCAAUGAAGAAAAUGACCAAGAAGUCAAAGAAAUUUGCAAAGAAUUCUAAAUAUUCCAAGUCGACCAAAGUUCCACCUAGCUCUGGUGAAGGACAAAAGUGGACUACCUUGGUACACAAUGGUGUCAUUUUCCCUCCUCCGUACAAGCCCCAUGGAGUUAAGAUGCUCUAUAAUGGGCAGCCAGUUGAUUUGACUCCAGGACAGGAGGAGGUUGCAACAAUGUUUGCAGUGAUGAAAGAUACUGAUUAUGCAACCAAACCAAGAUUUAUAGAAAACUUCAUGAAUGAUUGGAGGCAGGUACUUGGGAAAAAUCAUAUCAUUAAGAAAUUUGAGCUUUGCGAUUUCACACCAAUUUAUGAAUGGCAUCAGAGGGAAAAAGAGAAGAAAAAACAGAUGAGUACAGAGGAGAAGAAGGCACUGAAAGAAGAGAAAUUGAAACUAGAGGAGAAAUACAUGUGGGCUAUUGUUGAUGGUGUUAAAGAGAAGGUUGGGAACUUCAGAGUAGAGCCACCUGGGUUGUUCCGUGGCCGUGGAGAGCAUCCCAAGAUGGGAAAGCUGAAAAGACGCAUUUAUCCUAGUGAUAUUACAAUAAAUAUAGGAGAAGCUGCCCCAGUUCCAGAAUGUCCAAUCCCUGGUGAAAGAUGGAAGGAAGUAAAGCAUGAUAAUACUGUCACAUGGUUGGCAUUUUGGAAUGAUCCAAUCAACCCUAGAGAAUUCAAGUAUGUCUUUUUGGCUGCUAGUAGUUCCUUGAAAGGGCAAAGUGACAAAGAGAAAUAUGAGAAGGCAAGGCUACUGAAGGACUACAUACGUGAGAUUAGGGCAACUUACACGAAGGAUUUUGUAAGUAAAGAUAUUACAAAGCGGCAAAUAGCAGUUGCGACUUACCUUAUUGAUAAGCUGGCUCUCAGGGCAGGCAAUGAGAAGGAUGAUGAUGAGGCUGAUACAGUUGGUUGCUGCACACUGAAGGCGGAAAAUGUUACGUUAGUCCCUCCAAACAAGUUGCAGUUUGAUUUCCUUGGUAAAGAUUCCAUUAGAUAUUUCAACACAGUGGAAGUCGAACUUCCUGUGUAUAAAGCGAUUGGAAAAUUCAAAGAUGGAAAAAAGGAUGGGGAAGAUCUGUUUGACAAACUGGAUACCAGUAAACUGAAUGCUCAUCUCAAGGAACUUAUGCCGGGUCUCACUGCUAAAGUUUUCCGUACAUACAAUGCAUCUAUCACUUUAGAUGAGAUGUUGAAUAUAGAAACCAAGGAUGGUGAUGUUGCAGAGAAAAUUGUUGUUUAUCAACAUGCAAAUAAGGAGGUCGCAAUUAUAUGCAAUCAUCAACGUAGUGUAUCAAAGUCCCACAGUGUGCAAAUGUCAAGAUUGAGUGAGAAGAUGGAUGAGCUAAAGGCUGUACUGGAUGAACUUCAAAAGGAUUUGAUGAGGGCGAAGAAAGGGAAGCCCCUUUUGAAUGGCGCUGAUGGGAAGCCAAAAAGGAACUCGACUCCCGAAGCGUUAGAGAGGAAAAUUGUUCAGACAAAUGCUAAGAUUGAAAAAAUGGAACGGGAUAUGAAGACCAAGGAGGAUCUGAAGACUGUGGCAUUGGGCACAUCGAAAAUAAACUAUCUUGAUCCGAGGAUAUCUGUGGCGUGGUGUAAGCGUCAUGAAGUUCCCAUUGAGAAGAUAUUCAACAAAUCCCUCUUGGCGAAGUUUUCUUGGGCAAUGGAUGUUGAUCCUAGCUUCAGAUUCUGAUAUCUUUAUAUGGCGGAAAUUCCAUGUUGUAUGCGCAUCUAUCUAUUUGUAGGUUGUGUCACCCAUUUUAUCCCUAUUAUUUGUUUGAUCCAUCGGAAGGUGAUGAAAAGCUGUGGCAAUGUCUGAAGUUCCUCAACUGUGUAUUACUGACGUUUAAGAUGUUACAGACAUUUGAGAUGUUUCGAAGACAAAAAAAAAUGUCGAAGCGCAGAGCUAAUUUUCGUGUAUUGAGAUCUAUCGUCACUCUGUAUUGCUGACUAAUGUUUUAAUGGCAAUGCAAGCAUUUGUUGCACUUUCAUCAGGGUUA